UAGAUUCACACUGAAUUCCUAUACUGACCCCCAUUGCUUUUUAACCCUAUAGUAAAAAAAUUUAGUACAUUCAGCAUUUAUUUUUUAUUUUUCAACUCUAGUUUUGAUCCAUCUGUCAAAAAAUAUUUAUUACAAACAUUAUCUACCAAUCAGAAGAGCAUAUAUAUGACUUCAAUGUUAUACAGAAAGCUGUAAGUACUAUUUACCAGGGUUCUCUUCCUAUAAGAAUUUAAGUUCAUAAUAUUGCAGCCCAUUGAUAAGAUUGAUCUUUGACAAUUAGAAAAAGUUGAGUAGUUUUCCAUUGUAAGACCUAUUGAAAGGCAGACAACAUUAAACUGAUUUUAAAAGUAUAAAAAUGUAGUUCAUUUACUACUUAUUUGCUCUUAAUAAAUUUUAUAAUUUUGCACCACAAAAGUCAUCAGGUAAAAGGCACAUAUAAGAUAGGUAGUUUAUAUAUUUAUUCAUAAGAGUUUAUCAACUAAAAGAUAACACUGUAAUGUGAUUUGUUUGAUCUGCAUAUAAAUAGAAUGAUGUCUGUCUGAGUAUAUGCAGAUAUUUAACACUUAUAACCAAUGUUGAAUGUACAUAUAAGGAAUGUCUUAGUACAUGCAGAUUUACUCCUAUAAAGUUUUGAUUUUAUAGACACAGUUGACCAUGGAAAGGAGGAGUAAACUAUCUUUUAGUUCUGAUGUGGAACAGAAGCAGGCUCUCAAAAGUGAUGCUGAGAAUGGUCUGACGAGGACAGUCAGUAAGGAGUUCACUCCCCCUGAUGGUGGAUGGGGAUGGGUGGUGUGUUUUACAUCCAUGUUGUGUAACGGAACAGUGUUUAGUAUUAUGAAUACGUUUGGUAUAUUGUAUACUUUCCUCCUGGAUGAGUAUGCUGCUGGAGAUUCAGAGAUAUCAUUAAAAGCUUCAUUUGUUGGUUCUGUAUCGACUGGUCUCACCUUCCUUAUGAGUAUUGUAUCCAGUAUUCUCAGUGACCGAGUCGGAAUCAGGCCAACUGCAUUUGUGGGAACUUUAUUUGGCCUUGUUGGAUUGAUAUCAAGUGCGUUUGUUACAGAAUUAGAAUUACUUUAUUUAACAUUUGGUGUAUUCCUAGGGAUAGGAGCAGGACUAAUUUAUUCACCAUCACUAACAAUCCUUGGUCAUUAUUUUGACAAGCACAUGGGACUCGUUAAUGGGAUUGUAGCGUUUGGAAGCUCAUUGUUCUCCAUUAUUUUAUCAAUUGCGCUGCCAUAUUUACUAAAAGGCAUACAAGUAAAAUAUACCUUCAUUGUGUUAGCUGGUAUGUAUUUGAUUCUGGUAUUCUGUACAUUGACGUGGAAGCCAUUGAUACCAAAACAGUCUAACCUGGCUGCUCUGACACUUUCUAAAGAGAGUGUAGUUGAACAUGUCAAUGAUUGUUGUGCCUUUGCGAAAACAUUUCUGAACACAAAGAUAUUUAAGAACAAGGCUUAUGUGAUUUGGGCAGUAUCGCUAGGAUUAUCUCUGUUUGGUUACUUUGUCCCAUUCGUUCACUUGGUUAAACAUACCAAAGAUGUAUUUCCAGGUGAAAAUGGAGCCUUCUUGAUCACAUGUACUCAGAUAACAUCAGCCAUUGGUCGCCUUGUAUUUGGCAAGGUAGCAGACUUGAAGUUUGUAAAUCGUGUUACAAUGCAGCAGGUAGCGUUCUUGGUGAUGGGUGUGACUACAGCAUGUAUCCCUUUCUCCUCCAGCUUUGGUGGUCUAAUAGCUAUCAGUCUGGUCCUAGGCUUGAGUGAUGGAGUAUUUGUAUGUUUGAUUGGUCCGAUAGCCUUUGAUAUUGUUGGACAGUAUCAAGCAUCACAAGCUAUAGGAUUUCUGCUGGGAAUAUUUGCUAUACCUUUUACGAUUGGACCUCCAGUAGCAGGUGCUCUAUAUGACAGUAUGGGUAGUUAUAAAGUUGCGUUCCAUGCAGCAGGUGCCCCUCCUAUACUUGGUGCUAUAUUGAUGUUCCUUAUUCCUAAGGUCAAGCAGCACUACCCAGCAGCUACAGAGGCAGAGACUUUUGCAUCCAUCUCUCUGUUAGAUAUUAACCAUGUCAGUAGUCAACACUUCAGAGAUCAGAUAGAUAAAUAUAAAAAGACCUCUGGUGGUGGACCUGCAGAAACUGAACUGGAGCUGGUACAUGCCAGUCAGUUAUGGGGUGAUGAGAAAUCUAUAGGACAAUCAGGAAACAUUGAUAGGUCUCUGUCAAUAGAUAACAACGAAAAUCAAAACGCAGAGGAAGAAAGUUACACACUAGAAAAUCAAGAAAAAACAGAAGACAUUGAGCAGCUCUUAGAAAAAGACACAAAAGUUGUGGAGGAGUGCUCUGAAAGUAACAUUGAAGCAGAAAUAAAGAACAGAAAUGAAAACACUGACGAAUCUGAAGAAAAACAAAAAUUAUUAUCAAACGUUUCUCAAACAGAAGGUGAAACAACAGAUGACAAUUUAUCUAAGGAUAUCUUAAAAAGUGUAGGAAUUUCAGAAGCAUAGAAAAAUAUUGAUUCAUCAUUUUUGUCACUGCCUAUAUGUUUUUGUUGUUGGACAUUCUUUUGUCCAAAUAUAUGUUUUUGUCAUUACAAUCAUAUUGUGCAAUAUUUGAGUAUUUUGAUCACAUAUUGAUGUAAAUCAGACCAUUUAUCUGACAAUUUUUACAUUACGACAAUAUUUGAAAUGAAUUUUCUGUCUCUGAUCUCUGCUAUUGUUACUUAAUAUUGUAUUUGAAUCAUGCUUUGGCUAAAAA